UCCGAACAUUGUUUUUACAAUAUCAGAUUAUUGCAGGAAAUUGUAAAUACGGUGUGAAGGGUUGAGAAGAAGUUAAAUAACGGGACUUAUUCCGCCGUUUAACAAGCUAUCAUGCCAGACUGGGUCAGUCUCUGUGUGGUCAUUAGCCUCUUAGUGUUACAUCUAAAGUUAACUGACUUAAAUUCCAUUAAAGUCAGUUAUAAACAUUAAAAAUGGGGCAUCCCAAUUAUGUAGGUUACCGUUUACAAAAAUGGCACCUACCAAACAUUUUCCAAAUAAACUAUGCGAGUAAUAAAGUUUAAUAAUACAUAAACUACAAAUACACGUGCAUUGUGAAAUAUUUUCGAUCUGUAAAAGUUUCCUUUUAAAGAUUUUUUACAGGUUACAAGUUAUCUGCGCCCCCCCUUGUUCGGCAUAGAUGGUACUUUCCAGGAAGUCCUGUCAAUGUGUAAUCUUUAUAGUUUUUAGUUCAUUCAAGGACAGUUACCAACUGAUAAAAGGUCCGAACAUUGUUUUUACAAUAUCAGAUUGUUGCAGGAAAUUGUAAAUACGGUGUGAAGGUUUGAGAAGAAGUUAAAUAACGGGACUUAUUCCGCCGUUUAACAAGCUAUCAUGCCAGACUGGGUCAGUCUGUGUGUGCUCAUUAGCCUGUUUAUAAGUCUUUUAACGGUCGCUGGCUACAUUUUGUACUCGGGACUCCUCUCAGACAUUACCGUGCUCACUGGCUCUCCUCCCGUGAAGAAGAUUACAUUCGCCUACAAAUUCAAACAAGGACCGUACAAAAACUGUGGAGAACUUUUCAAAGAGUCUCAUAGUAUUGGACCAAAGCUUUCAUGUCUUGGAGUAUAUUAUGAUGACCCCAGAAAGGUGCCGGGGCCACAAUGCCGCUAUGCUGUUGGCAGCAUUCUGAGCGAGGGAGAGAAUGAGGUAGACGAGGAGCUCGUAAAGAGCUUUGAGACAUCGGGCUUUAAUGUCUACUCCUUUCCUGAAGUCACACACGUGGUCACUACCUCGUUCCCCCGCAGGACGCAUCUCUCUGUCCUCCUGGGAAUAACAAGAGUUUACCCACGACUAGGGGUCUACAUCAAGGAAAGGAGGCUGUGUGCACACCCGUUCCUGGAGAUCUACAGAGAGGGUCAGAUUGAGUUCAUGGCGCCCUUAGCCCGGCAGGGAGACUUCUACGUGCCUGAAGUCCGACAGGCAGAAAAAAGCCUGUCAGAACUCGAGGAAACACACAGUGACUCAGAGGUCUCAGGUGCAGAGUCGAACAGUGAGUACAGCUCAGGGAGUGGGGUUCUCCUGUCGGACAGCAGAGAGACGUCCCUGGCGGCGUCCUCGGUCUGCUCUGCGCCUGUCCAGGAUCAAGGAGAUGGAAACUACAGAGGGAGAAGCUCCAGGGAAACCUCUUUUAAAGAGCUGGACUGGGAGCCGACUGGUGGACAACUGGCGGACCAGAAGAGCCUGGAGGCUCCCACUCAGGAGUGGUGGGGUGCUGUUGGAGGAGAGGAGUAGAAGUGAGACACAUUAGCUGAGGAUGAGAGAGUGAAAUUGAAGAGGUUGGAAAGCACAAAUAUAAAAGUAUGUCUCACUUUGGGUUCAUGUCCAAAAAAAAAAAAUUAAAGAAAAGGCAGAUUAUAUUCUAUAAUUUUGUUAUUGUGAACAAAUCCGAGGAAAGACAAAAACACAUUACUUUCAGACCUCCGUACCCUGAAAGUCCUGUAGAAGACUGUUUAAAAUCAAAGGGCUAUUUUUUUUAAAGGUUAAGUAAUUAACCAGCACUGUAGUUUUUAGCGAAUGUUACUCAAACAGGAUUAAAAGUCCCUGAUUAAUCCACAUUUAGUUCAUUAGUGAGUAUUUCCCAGUGUAUGCAGGAUCAAAAUCUAAAUAAAUCACAGUGCACAUUGUCAUGAAAUGGCGUGUCUGUAUCACCAAGUUGAACAGUUCGUGUAACUCAGGGGUCUGCAACCUUUACUAGCAAAAGAGCCAUUAUUGUCCAAAAAAAGAGAAAAAAUGUCAGAAUGGAGCCACAAACCUUAUUUUCAGCCUUACAAUGAAGAUAAACCAGCCUACUUAGUCUAAACUAACCUACCCCCAUAACUAAUAGGUCAUAAUGAGCAUUUCUUAAUAUGAUUUCGUCAGAAUGCAGCAACUCAAAACUAGAAGAAGUUGGCAAAAUUUAAGGCGCCAGGCUGUAGACUUUUGUCUAGUCAACAUGUAGUUGAAUUUUUUAAAUGUAAUGUUGUAUAUAAGCGAAACAUUUUUACAACUGAAGAAUAGGGUCUACACCAAUGAUAAAUGAACAUUAAAUUUUGUAUAAUUUUGUUGUCACAGCGUCAGGGAGCCACUGCAAAUGGCCCGAAGAGCCACAUGUGGCUCCGGAGCCUCAGGUUGCAGACCCCUGGUCUAACUGAUGUGUAUUUAAUUUUAGACAACAAAUGUGGUCUGUAUAUGGCAAUGCCUGGCUAGAAGAGUAAGGAAUCCAUUGGAACCAAUCAUGUUAUCUUAUGAGGAGGGGACAUUACAUUUUAUUAAGGAAAUAAAAUGCCAUGUGGAAGCCAGGCCCCAGGCCCCUGGGGCCGUGCUAAGUGUGGUCUUUUCGUUCGAUUUGCUGAUAAUAAGGAAAAUCUAGAAUAUAAUCAGGCUUAUUGUUAACUCAUUUCAUCACAGCUGUAAAGUGGAUCUGCUUGAUUUUGCUGAGAGAGAAAAAAGCACUUGAAAUAUACAGAAGUUAUUCAGGUAGCCUGGGUUUCUUGAAACAUUUUUACAGAAGUGAUGAUGUUUUGUCUAAAUGAUAGUGGUGACUGAAUAUUUCUUACACUGUUUUUACAAGGUUUUUUACUUGAAAUGUCUUUAAUUUGCUGCACUGAAGAUAACCAUUGUAACCAGGUUUUAAGUUUGUUGGAUGACUUGUUAUUUCACAAUAAUACAGUGAAUUAUGUUAAUUUCAAAUACAUUAUUUUACUUUUUAUUCCUACAAAGGGCCUUCAUUUCAUUUGUUAAUAAGGGACAUAAGGCAUUGAAAUUAUAAGCAAAUAGACCUCACAAAUUAUCUGUAUUGUUUUUUUCAUUAUGUUUGACUGGAUAUUUGUACACCUUGUAAUAAGUGUUCUGUAUAUUCUUGCAAGAUUGUGUGCUGGCAUAGCUCUGUUGAUGAUUUAUUUUGUUUUUUAUAUAAAAAUGUACUUUCCAAAGAGGAAGGCGUGAAUGAAA